CUCUACUGAGAGCGAUCAUCCUUGCUCACGAUGUCUAUUGCCAUCCAGUCCAUCAAGGCGCACUGGACGACCGGGAAGACGUAGGACAGACAGAUCCACCUGUAUCAUUAUCGCAUACGCCUUGCUAUCUCCCAGACUUCACCUUCUCUUCAAGGCCUCAAAAAGCCUGUCUUCGUCCCAGGAAAGGCUUGGACCCAAACCCACCGACUAUCGUAGCAUACAUCCUCCAUGUCUGCGUUUCCCAUCACCGAGGCUCAGAUCGUCUCGCUCUUCAUGGAGAGCGUGGGCUUCGGUCUGCACAUCGCUACCUUCAUAGUAUGCCUUCGGACGCUCCUCGGAAACAGCAGAGGCGUCAGAAAGCCCAUCAAUUGGCCUCUACUUUGCAUCGCCAUCUCUUUGUUCAUCGUCGGUGCUUAUGAUGUCGCGCUCAGUUUGUAUCACAUCAUUGUGGCCUUCGUCCUUUACCAAGGGCCAGGUGGGGCCGCAGCCUCCCUGGAUCACAUCUCAAACUGGGUCAAUGUGUUCAAGAGUAGCAACAACUUCGCGCAGACAUUGAUUGCGGACGCAGCUCUGAUUUAUCGCUGCUGGGUUAUCUACGGCCACCGCUGGGCGAUAAUAAUACUUCCCAGUAUUGUUUGGGUCGCCGAUACCAUCGUGUCAGCAGUUGAGGUCUACUACACAGCAACUCUGCGGGCAGAUAGUACUCUUCCGGAGGCGCAAAGAGCCAAUGCAUUUGCUCAGGCAUACAUAUCGUUGACGUUUGUCCAAAACGUCAUGACCACCGGUCUCAUUAUCUACCGCAUUUGGACAGUGCACAAGCAGUCGUCUCGAUACUUCUCCCAGAGCUAUAGUACCAACGGCGCGGGUAUGGGGUUAUCCAGGAUUAACCGGAUCCUGAUUGAAUCUGCCAUGUUGUACACCAUCGUGGUGUUCAUUACUCUCGUUGUCGACUUUGACAAUAACAACUCCGUUUACGGAGUCUCUUCUUUCCUGGUCGAGAUUGCCGGCGUGCAGUUUGAUCUCAUCAUCAUCCGCGUCGGGCAAGGGAUCGCCACAGAGCACAUGCAGACCGCUGUAGAGUCACAGCAGCUCGAACUUCGCAUCCGCAGGGACACGACGGUGGAGAGGAGUGGCGGUAGCAAGACCGUCAUGCAGUCCCAUCCGUCCCACACCCAUUUCGACGUCGAGGACUCAAGCUUGCAUCAGAAGUCCCCUGGUCUCGUCGAAGAUGCGCAUGAUGUCUGAAGUGUGACACACUAUUUAUUUUCGCAUUCAUGGUACGCUGUAACCUUUCCAGGCUAAUGGGGUGUGAUUAUUUGUGCGUUUACGUGGUGUAUGGGUUUAUGUCUCAGUGCAUUGUUUUAGUGUAUGGCGUUUUGAUGAUCAAUUUGAUGGUGUACAAUGAUCA